AUGAGGCUCACCUGUGGGAAUGCUCCAGCCAGCUCCUUUGUGCCAGUGGCCAGAAAAUUGGAGGCCCCCAGACACAGCCCACCGGCCGAAGUACCGCCCUCACCCACCCUGGCCGCGCCCAGAGGGCCCCGCCGCAACCGCGGCCGGCGCCGCUGCCCACUGCGAAGCCCCAGAGCCCGCGCCGCCUUCGCCUUCGUGGUGGCGCCGCUUCUGCCUGCGCCUGUCAUGGUCCCCAUCGUUGUGUCGCAGGUGCGCCACAACUACCACCCCGACUGCGAGGCCGCCGUCAACAACCAGAUCCAGAUGCAACUGCACGCCUCCUACGUCUACCUGUCCUUGGCCUUCUACUGCGACGGCCACAGCGUGGCCCUGGAGCACUUCUCCAGCUUCUUCCUGCGCCGCUCCCACGAGUGGGGGGAUGGCGCCGAGAAGCUGAUGAAGAUGCAGAACCAGCGCGGAGGCCGCAUCCGCCUCCAGGACAUCCUCAAGCCUGACCGCGAUGACUGGCACAGCGGCUUCCAGGCCAUGGAGCGCGCCCUGCACCUGGAGAAGAGGGUCAACCAGAGCCUCCUGGAGCUGCACCGCCUGGCCACCGAGAGGGAGGACCCCCACCUCUGCCACUUCCUGCGGAGCCACUAUCUGCACCAGCAGGUCCUCAUCAUCCGGGAGCUGGGCGGCUACCUGACCAACCUGCGCAGGAUGGAGGCCCCGGAAAACCCCCUGGCCGAGCUCCUCUUUGACAGGCUCACUCUGGGCCGCAGCGACAAGGACACCUGA